AUGGUCCAUCAUCACCAUCAUGCUCAGAACCCGGAGAUGAGGGCCUCAUCGACCUCAUCGACGGAUAGUAAUGGGUUCCCGGUGAAGGACCACGACGCCAUCAAGCUGUUUGUCGGACAGAUCCCACGAAACCUCGAAGAAAAAGACCUACGGCACCUCUUCGAGCAGUUCGGCAAGAUCUACGAGUUUACGAUACUCAAGGACAAAUAUACAGGAAUGCACAAGGGCUGCGCCUUCCUCACCUACUGCCACAAGGAGAGCGCGCUCAAGUGCCAAGCCGCCCUGCACGACCAGAAGACGUUGCCUGGGAUGAACCGCGCGAUGCAGGUGAAGCCCGCGGACACGGAGAGCCGGCCGGUGACGCCGAAAAACGUCGAGGACCGCAAGCUGUUCGUCGGCAUGCUCUCCAAGCAGCAGGGCGAGGAGGAGGUCCGGCAGCUGUUCGGCCCGUUCGGCCAACUCGAAGAGGUUACCGUACUCCGCGGUGCAGACGGGGCAUCGAAGGGCUGCGCGUUCGUCAAAUUCAUGAAUGCAUUGGAUGCGCAGAUGUCGAUAACCGCCCUCCACGGAAGCCAAACGAUGCCCGGGGCGAGUAGCAGUUUGGUGGUGAAAUAUGCCGACACGGAGAAGGAGCGGCAGGUCCGCCGAAUGCAGCAAAUGGCCGCCCAGAUGGGCCUGUUAAACCCGGUGCUGAUCAACCAGGUCAACACCCAAUACACCGCCGGCGCCUAUCAACAGCUCCUCCAACAGCAAGCCCUGGCUCAUCAAGCCAAUCAGGCAGCCUAUUUGACGUCGGCGGCGAUGCAGCACCCGGCGCUGAUGCAACUCCAAGGAGGUCAACCGGCUGUCUCAGCCGCGCUCCUCCAACCCGCAGCAGCUGCUCAGAUGAACCAGCUGAACAUGUUCCAGCUGCAGCAGGCCCAGAUCCACGCCCUGCUCCAGCAGCAGCAAUUCGCUGCCGCAGCCGGGCAACACGCCGGCCAGGUGUCGGCCAGCGACUUUGGAUAUUCGCCGCCGACUUCCGCCGCCGCCGCCGACCCGUUCGCCGCCUCGGCCGCCAUGGGAUUCCACAGCCCGCAGCCCUCCGCACUAAUAGGCGUCGACCCGGCCGGCAAGAACAUGAACGGCAUCUCGAUGCAGCAGUUCGCCCUCCUCCAACAGGCCGCCCUAUCCACGCCGCUCGUCGCUCCAAAAGAGGUGCUCGGGCCCGACGGGUGCAACCUGUUCAUCUACCACCUGCCGCAAGAGUUCGGCGACCCGGAGCUGGUGCAAAUGUUUGCCCCGUUCGGCAACGUCAUCUCCGCCAAGGUGUUCGUCGACCGGGCCAACAACCAGAGCAAGUGCUUCGGCUUCGUGUCGUACGACAGUGCCGCGUCGGCCAACACCGCCAUCACGGCGAUGAACGGUUUCCAGAUCGGGAUGAAGCGGCUCAAGGUUCAGCUAAAGCGACCGCGCUCCGACAAGCCGUAC